GGUUGAGUUCAUACCUGCCAAUAAGUAGUGAACUGUGCGAUUCCGGCACGCCUCACCUUCGGGAGUAUUAUAAUCCCACAUGGGUUCCUGUAGAGGAACAGCUUCCCUGCCCAUAGGUUCCCAUUCAUCUGUGGCAUGGGCUUCAUUGGCACAGUGCUGUGCUGCUGCUGUGACACAGUCAUAUUCCUCCAGGGUUAGAGUGGAUUGGAGGACUACAUGCACAUCAUGCCAGGUGAGCUUGUAAGCUCGAGUGAGAUAUUUAAACUGCUUAGUGAACAUUACAGGGUUGGAGGAAAAGGACCUGAAUCACUGUUCUACUUGGGAUAAGUCUGCCAGAGAAAAAGGAACAUGAAUCUGCACUACCCCUUCAGCCCCCACUACCUCCCUCAGAGGAGCCAUCAAGUGAGCUUGAGACCGCUGUGACUUAGAGUGGGUUACAGGAGGGCUAGACCACUUGGGCACCAGCUGUGGUGAGUAAGAUGGCAGUGGGUUUGAAGGAGGGGAUGGAGGGGGCGACCUUGGCAGUGGGGGAUACAACUUGGGAAUUGAUGCAGAGCUUGAAGACAGGGGACUGGGGUAUGGGGGAGUUUUAUCUGUUUUAUCUGAAGUGGAGUUGGCACCUGUGGAGCAAGAUGGCGGCGCAACUGGAAGAGAUGGGGAACAAGAUGGUGGAGAAAAUGGAAGAGAAGGAGAACAAGGUGGUGGAGAAACUGGAAGAGAAGGAGAACAAGAUGGCAAAGAAACCGGAAGAGAAGGAGAAUGAGAUGGUGGAGAAACCAGAAGAGAAGGAGAACGAGAUGGUGAAGAAACAGGAAGAGAAGGAGAACAAGAUGGAGGAGAAAUACAUUGAGGAAGGGAGCUGGCCCCUGCAGUGGGCCUGGAGGAGCGGGAAGGGUGGUAGCCGAGAUCCUCCGCCGAGUCCGUCAGAGAAGAGCCUCCCAGUAAUAGGAGGGGUAGAGAUCGGCAGUCUUUGGCAGAGGCCUGGGCUAACAAAACUUGGGAAGGAGUACACUUAACAUACAAAUCUGGGUGGGUGUGCAGAGUCCAAAAAGCCUGCACAUAUGGGAUUUCACUCCACUUUCUGCUCUGAUGGCAAUAAUUAGUUAAGUCGGUGAGGAGGCCAAAAAUGAAAGUUCCCUCAGGGGGCCAGCGAGAUUGGUUGUCCAAGGGAUACUGAGGCCAGGCCUGAGAGCAAAGGAUGACCAGCUUCCAUUUGCAAACUUCCUGGGACAAAUAUAGAGUAGCCAAAUUAG